UGAUUAGAUAUAAUGUGUACAAAUAUUUGCAGGACAUAUUUUACAUUCUUCGACGUUUGAAAUUGUUUUAGAAGCAUAAGUAUAAACAUGUAUAAAAUUUCAUGUAUGUGUGGUAUCAACAUUAAUUACAACAUACAGGGUCUUUAAAUAUCUAAAUAUUCACCCAAAGUUUACGUGCACACAUUUGCAUUUUGUUAAUGUAAAUGCAAGUUGCAAGUUGCCUAUUGUUCCACACAUUGAAAGGACAAUAACGCAAUACAAACUUUGAACCGAUUUGGUGGUUAUGUUUAAAAUGUUAUUCAUUUGUAAACUCGUUAACAAAAGUUGUACGUCGAUAUUUGUAUUUUUCCUUCUUCCUAAAACAUAUAUUACUUACUGGAACGUGCGCACUUGAGGCUGGUAGUCUGCGAAUCUACUUUCUGAACAAAAAGUGGUUUAAAGAAUUGUUUGUUACCUGGACAUUGUUCCCAACCAGAGUUUUGUUUAAGCCAGACAAUGACUUUCUAUGUGAUAUUCUCAAUAUUGAUCCUGGCAUUUAGCACAACCUUCUUCGAAUGCAUAGGAGCAAACAUUUUUAUUAAGAAAACAGACAACCAGACUGAUGAGAUAACUUUUGAAUGUGGCGAAAAUAAAACAUUAACUUGCAUGUUUAAAAAAAACAAAACAAUUGAAUGGAUGAAUAAAAAUAACUCAAGGGCAAUAGCAAUGUGUGUUCUAAAUACGUGCACGUUAAAUCCUGAUUAUGGUGGACAGUACAGCAUUUCAGCCGAUAUGCAACGAAAUAUUUUUAAUUUAACAAUACUAAAGAUCACUAGGAAAGACGAUGGAAGAAGGCUUGUUUGUUCGGAUGGUUCUCAUACUGAUUCUGUAUUAUUAAGAGACAUAGACUAUAAGCCUCAGAUUUUUGAAGAUACACAUUCUGGGACAGUAAAAGUGACAUCUGGCUGUGUUUCCCAAAGAACAAAAGUUUCCUUUAAGUGGACAAGGAAAAUCAACACUUUUGAAGAAGAAUUCUUUCCACAACUUCAAUCCAACUAUUCAACAAACUGUUCAAGUGAUGUUGAUUGCAGGCAUUACCAGCAUAUACGAUAUACGGAGAUUGUUUAUGUGACAGCAAAUGAAGUUGGGAAAUACCAUUUUAAAAUAGUAGCGGUGCAUGGGAAUAAAAGCAAAGAAUCAAACAUUGUUGUUGAAAUGUACAUCAUCGAAAGUAAAAGGGAAAACAAUGGUAAUCUUCUGAUCGAACACAUUGUCGUGAUUAUUAUAGCAAGCCUCAUACUGAUCUGUAUGUACCUAUAUCGCGAUUCAAAGGAGGAGAAACUCACAUCAAUAUCGUCAGGUUGA